UCGUUAAAUUCCUAACUUCCUGCACCACUCGCCACACCUCUCCUGCUCUCCACCGCCGCCGCCGCUGCUAUGCCUUUCUCUCUCCUCCCUCCUCCUCCUCCACUCAUCUCACCAACAAUUUCCACCUUCUCUUCCAGUAAAUUAUCCAAUCAGAAACGAUUCGCCCGUAUAAUCGUGGAGGCUUCUAAAAACGACGCCGAAGAACCCGCUUUCAAUCCGUUUGGGUUCGUCACCGACAAUCCUUCCAGCCGCAGCGCCAUUCAGCUACCGGAAUCCCCUGCGGAGGACGGGAAUGUCGGCCAAAUGCUCUAUAGAAUUGAAGACAAGGGAAUGGACUAUGGCUCUUACAUCAAAUCUGGAGGUUUUCGAUGGUUUGUAAGAGAAACAGGAUCACGUGAAAGAGGGCGUGGAACCAUCGUGUUUCUACACGGUGCUCCAACACAGUCAUACAGCUAUCGAGUUGUUAUGUCUCAGAUGUCAGAUUCCGGGUUUCACUGCCUUGCACCUGACUGGAUAGGAUUUGGUUUUAGCGACAAGCCACAGCCUGGAUAUGGAUUUGACUACACAGAGAAAGAAUUCCAUGACGUGUUUGACAAAUUACUGGAUACUCUUGGGGUUACCGAUCCCUUUUACCUAGUAGUUCAGGGAUAUGUAGUUGGAUCGUAUGGAUUGACUUGGGCUUUGAAAAAUCAAAGUAGAGUGUCAAAGCUUGCAAUCCUGAACACGCCAUUGACGACCUCAUCACCGCUUCCAGGGCUAUUUCAACAGCUCAGGAUUCCACUUCUUGGCGAAUUUACUUGCCAGAAUGCAAUUAUGGCUGAGCGUUUUAUUGAAGCAGGUAGCGCCUAUGCCUUGAAGCUGGAAAAGGCAGAUGUAUAUCGGUUGCCGUAUCUCUCUAGCAGUGGCCCUGGAUUUGCUCUGCUUGAGGCUACCAAAAGAGCUAACAUUAAAGAUAUUAACAGCCGAGUAUCAGCAGGAUUCGCAUCUGGAAGCUGGGAUAAGCCGAUACUGGUUGCCUGGGGAUUGUCGGACAAGUAUCUGCCGCAGUCAGUUGCUGAAGAAUUCCAGAAAGGGAAUACAGAUAGAGUAAAGCUUCAGAUGAUCGAAGGUGCAGGCCACAUGCCGCAGGAGGACUGGCCGGAGAAAGUUGUCGGCGCCUUGAGAGUAUUUUUAUGAAGAGUAAAAUGCCUCUUACAAUUGAGUAAGGAGGGAGAUGUUGGCAUCCGUGUAAAUCUGCUGUAGAUGCAGCCCAGUCAGUAUGAUUGUUUGUAAAUUGAGAUAAUAUAUGUGUAAGUAUGAAACUGGAAAAAGAAGCAACUAGUAAUCCAUACAUUCUUGUACAAAUUAUGUUAUUCUGUCUGAGACAGCCAGGAAAAUCGUACGUGGACGUUACCGACGAUGAGUUAAACAAUGUCAUUUAUUCAUAUAUAAACAACACCGUUUGGUUUAUAGA